UCUCUCUUCCUUUUUUUUCAUUCCUUUUUUGGUUUUUUCAUUUUUAUUGGUCAGAGAUAAAGGAGAUAGAGAUUAUGGAAAUGGUGAAGGAAUCUGUGAGAAAGUGUUCUCAUUGUGGGAACAAUGGGCACAACUCAAGAACAUGCAGCGCUGGUGGAAAGGGGUGUUUGAAGCUUUUUGGCGUGCAGAUUUUGACAGAGAAAGAAGAUGAAGCCAUGAGGAAGAGCUUGAGCAUGGGGAAUUUGCAGUCAUGCAAUAUGGAACACCAUCAUGGCGAUGCCGGGUAUCUAUCAGAUGGGCUUCUUCAUUCCAGGAGAGGCAAGCGUGCUCACGAAAGAAAAAAAGGGGUGCCAUGGUCGGAGGACGAGCAUCGGACUUUUCUGGCUGGAUUGGAGAAGCUAGGAAAAGGGGAUUGGAGAGGGAUCGCAAAAAAAUUUGUGACCACUAGGACUCCAACCCAGGUUGCUAGCCAUGCCCAGAAAUAUUUUCUCCGGCGAGCUGCCUGUGAUAAAAGGAAACGCAGGCCAAGCCUCUUUGACAUGCCUCUGGAUCCUGCGGCUCAACCUCCCAAGGUUUGUUCAGAUUCACCCCAGAAAAGGAAUGCCAAUCAGCUUUCACAGAAGGUUAAUAUUUCAGCUCAUCAUGUUGUGAACCCAAUGUCAUCUCUUCAGUUGGAAGCUCAUCCCAUUUUACCCAUGGCUGCUUGUGGUGUUCCCUACAUGAUGGGGGUCCCUGCUAACGUGCCCACUGCUUUACCGGAAACCAAAGUGAUUCAAGGAGUAUCAUUUGUGCCAAUGCCAAGUUUCUCAGGCUCCAAUUUUCUCUUCCUGCCUAAUUCCCAUCGGAGGUCCACUACUUCACUGCUGUCCACGACCCGAAUGCCUCAGUUUCUUGGAGGAAGCUCAUCUCAGGCGAGCCAGGGUGCUUCAUCUACUCAAAAGGACAAUUUGGAGCUUAGUAUUCGACCACCUGAGAACCAGAAAGGGACGGAGUUAUCUUCUCAGACAUCUGAAGCCAUUAGGGUGAUCUGAAACUUCUUUUUGAAUAAUUUUGGUUUGCUACCAUGUGGUCUUAAAUUUUGUAAGUGACAAAAGUGAAUUUUCUAAAACAUUUGAAUUUUCAUUUGUCAU